UUCACUACACGCCUCUUCCCCUCAUGAAGAACCCCGACUCAGCUCACGACUCCCUCACUCCCCAGCGCAAGCACAGAAAACUCUUAAAGGAUGGCAGUGGAACAGAGGUAUGGCCAGAAUCAAUCGAAAAGAUAUUUGUGCAAGGCCUCAAGGAAUACUGGAACUCUCCUUACGCGACCUACUCGCAGUCUCGUGGCCGUAGUCGAUGGCGCAAUCAGUUCCUUGUAGAAUAUCUUCAAAGUAAAGAGAUAACCCGCUCAAAAAAGCAAGUUGCGAGUCAUAUCCAAGUUUUGAGGAAUAUGUGGAAGGGCGAGCCUGAAUAUUAUCUCGUCGCUGGAGCGGACGAAACCCCUGCAGACUCGGCGUCAUCUGGUCCCGUGAAGCUCGAAGAUCAAUGGGAUGAAACAUCCCUUAUACCCUUUGACGACGACAAUGAUGAUUCGUCUUCGCACUCUGUUUCGCCCAACUAUUCACCACCUGACUCUCAAUCUGAUUUCCCUCUCACGCCAAAGCACCACCCACACUUGGCUCCAACCGAAAUAUCACCCCUCAAAUCCCAAUGUAGCCCAACCCCACUUUACCCAUCUUUAUCUACUUCCCCAACAUCACCUGUCCCCUCUAUAUCUCCCUUUGGAGCAUUCCCUAAUUCACUAUACCCGGAUCACUCACCACACUACAAUGCUGCUAGCUUGUACUCGCAGAGUUCCGGAGACUCGGCGGUCCAUUCUACUGCACACCUCACAAUGCCAUCCUCUCUCAAUAGCUCAAGGUCGACAUCAAAUCGCCUUUCUAUAGCGCAGCAACCACGACUUUCCUCAAGGAAUAGAGUAACCUCUUUCUUUUUGACAGCUGACGGCAUGACACCAUUCUCUGUCAACGUUGACUCCUUGAUGGCACUCUCAGGCGAUCCUGGAGCACCAAGAUUUACACUCAGGGUGAAAUUGCUGGUACCGACAAUGAACGACCUUCGCAGUCCUUCCACCCUCCACGGCUUUGCCGGUAGCAUCUGUCUCGCGAACGUGUGGUCUGUUUCGGGAAGAUGCACAACUAAGGUCUUUGCUGGAAGUUCCUGCAUCUCGGAGGAAACUGGCUUCUUGGAUGUUUCCCAUAUCGCUGUUGGUACCGUCAAUGCCGUGCUGCCCGAGUCAUCGUUGACUCGAUGUCGUUGGUUGGAUCCCAAUACUCCUCUCACGAUGACUCAGGAGGUAACAGUCGAUGACGAGAUCCUCCUACAUGUCAUCUACGACCUUGACAGGAGGUCAGGAGGCCCAAUGCCAUCUGCAGAAUUGAUUGGCUUCCAGAAGUGUAGAUUGGCAGAUAAAGCGCCCUUUCUUCAAACGAGCGCCCCUUAUUUGGCGGUGCCUACCAAUACACCCUCCGCUCGACGCGGAGAUUCAACAUCUCUUUCGUUCGCCUUGACGCCCUUGAGGUAGCCUGCUGCUGUAUCCCCAACUUUCUGACAGAUGCCCCUGCCUACUAUUAUGUUUAUUGCUAAUUCAUAGGCAUCUCCUUCGUCCCAUACCUUCUUCGAUGUACGAGCAUACCCCAUACCUCUCCUAGCCCAGUCCCCACAACAUCUGUAUUUUUGAUCUGUAUGGUAUAAUGUGUAGAUACGUAUCUGGAAGAACGAACUCUAUAAUGUAACACAUAACAAUUUUCCCGCCUCCUCCCUUACUCGUGUAUCCCAGUAAUUUUCGUGCAAAGCAUGCAACUCCCAAAAAGAUG